UCCUUUAUUUUUAUUUUUAAAUUUCACACAUAAUUUGUAAUUUUGAAAGUCACAAAAUUUUAAAAAAUAAGUAAUGAAAAAUGAAGCUUCAGAAGGAGCAGAACCGUAUAUGGAAUUAGGAACCCUCCAAGUUCUUAACUAGUUUGUUCUCUCUCUCUCUCUCUCUCUCUCUCUCCCCCAAUGACAGCGGACACCAAGUCGAAGUCGAACGGUGGUGGCAACAACGCCAUCAAGGGCAAGAAGAGAAAGCAGCGCUAUCUUCCCCACAACAAGCCAGUAAAAAGGAAGGGUUCGUACCCAUUGCGGCCCGGAGUGCAAGGAUUCUUCAUUACCUGCGACGGAGGCCGGGAAAGCCAGGCCUCUCAUGAAGCCGUCAACGUUAUUGACUCUUUUUAUGAAGAGAUAGUCCACGGGAAGGAUUCAGGUGUGAAGCUUGCUGAGUUACCCAAUAAACCUUUAAAUAAGAAGAUUAAGUUCUCAUAUUCCGAGUCUUCUAGUAGUGGUGGUGAUGAUGAUGAGGAGGAGGAGGAUGAAGGCCAGAUUAUAUCAGAUACUUCUCAGAAUGAUUUAGCUAGUCAUUCAAAUGCAACAAAUGAGGAGCCUGAUCCUCAUACAAAAGUUGGUAUGCACCAUGGAAAUCAGACAGAAGAAAAAGCUAAUGGUAUUGAGGUGGAUGGUGACAAACAUGAGAAUCAACCAAAAGAAACUGAGGAGCCCCCAACAAAGAAACAAUGUCUAGAAACAGAUGCAUCGAAACAUGUUAUCCAUGAAAAAGUGGAGGAGACGUCCAUUGAUAGGCUAAUUGAGGCUGAACUCAAAGAGUUGGGAGAUAAGAAUAAGAGGCACUUUGUCAAGCUUGAUUCAGGAUGUAAUGGUGUUGUCUUCAUUCAAAUGCGGAAGAUAGAUGGAGACCCUGGUCCCAAAGAUAUUGUGCAGCACAUAAUGACAUCUGCUGCAUCAACAAGGAAACACAUGUCGAGGUUCAUCUUAAGGAUGCUACCUAUUGAAGUGGCAUGCUAUACUUCAGAGGAGGAAAUUUCAAGAGCAAUAAAACCUCUUGUGGCACAAUAUUUUCCAUUGGAAACUCAAAACCCACAGAAGUUUGCGGUACUGUUUGAAGCUCGUGCAAAUAGUGGUAUUGAUAGGAUGAAGAUCAUAAAUGCAGUUGCAAAAUCCGUUCCUGGACCACAUAAAGUUGAUCUUAACAAUCCUGACAAAACCAUUGUAGUUGAAAUUAUCAAGACCGUGUGCUUAAUUGGGGUUGUUGAACGGUACAAGGGAUUGGCUAAGUACAACCUGAGGCAGCUCACAUCACCCAAACCUUAGUCAUGCCAAGUUUUUAUUUGUAAUGGGAACUGUUAGCAUUUGAUAUGUAUUCCAUGUGGAUCAGGAUUCAGGAUCCUCUGAGACACCAUGAUUUUCCAUGCUGAGUUGUUAGUAUGAAUAUCUAACUUGUGUUGAA